AUGUUAACUCGCGUGAUUCAUGACUUGUACCACCUAAAGAAGAUACACAGUGUCGUACUCGAUGAGAAACUAGGACACGCUCUAAAGGAAAAACUUACCGCGUUAGAGCUUAGCGUUGGGCCUUCCCCGGGUCCGUCCGCUCUUCGGCGACUCUUGGAGUGCCUUGCCUACUUCCAGCUUGAGCAGAGCCCCGUCGCGGCGAAGGCCGUUGCAUUGGUAAGAGCAGAACUGCCGCGUAUGACUGGUGGGCAGCUCUCACGAACUAUUGCCGCCUGCUGCAUGUUGGGGCAAAACGAUAUCUCCUUCUCCGCUCUGCCACUACUCUCUGAAGCCCUGCCGAGUAUGGAUAGCACGGGGACUGUUCAGCUAAUUGACUCACUGGCUGCGGCGGGGGUACGGCAUGAGGACACGUGGUCUCUCCUGGCCGAGCAUUGCAUUAGACGGAUGGACGGUUUUACUGGGCAACAGCUUUACCGUAUCAUCGAGUGCUUUUACGAGAGGAGAGUGCACUACCCUGACUUCUAUGUUGUGGCAGAGCGGCACAUUUGUGCUCAACCUUCAUCGUACAUUUCUAUGGAGCAUCUAAGUGCUGUAAUUGAAUGUUACAGGGGGUUAGAAAUGCCCGUCGUAUCGCUGCUCGCUGCAAGCUCUGCUCGGUCGGCUGAAGGCUUUGAAAGUGCACUGGCUGCGAUGUCACCGGCGCGAGCGCGACGCGAUCACAGGGCGGAAGGCGGCCCCUCCAGUUUGACUGCUGAGGCAAAGGGCGCAUUAAAUCCUUCAGUAGUCGCUGCUUUUGUGCAAUCGAUGCUGAAGGCUGUGCAAGCGGCCGACGAAGUGCAAUUGACUGAUAUGCUGCAUAAAUGUGAGGUAAAGCAGGUGAUGCAUGCGGAGAUUAUGGAAGCAAUUGCGUUACGGUUGAAGGGGCUACACAAUGCCGCCCCGAACGUGUCCCGCACAACAGCUCUCAUGCGGCUCAUGAUGCGUUUCGAGAAGCGCGAAUGGUUUGCCGCUGCUGCUGCGCCCUUGUGUGAGCUUAUGGAUGCUUGUGUGGAGGACGCUUUAACAGUUUAUGGCCAUCGGUUACUGAACCUUGCCGAUGGUGCGUUAAAAUUGUUUCCCGCAGACAAGCAGCCCACACACUUCUACACAGUUUUGGUGCGUGACAUGAAAUUUGGUGACGUGACUGCGAGCGUGGAUGUGCGGCGAUUGCCGCUUGUUGUUGGUGUUAUGUUGGCACUGCGUGCAUACGGUGGUCCAACCCUGCUGGAGCAGCACAUGCCAAUGAUAUCGGUUGCCGCGGCGAACGCCCCGUUUCGGGUUCAGGUGGAACUAGCUGCAAUGCUUGCGCCCCUCCCUAUGGCGAAGAAGACAUUUUUGCCUGACCUAUUCACUUCGCUUUCUUCACAGAAGAACUGGUCUCGGAAGCUUGUGGCGCGAGAGGCGAUUCUGCUGAUGGAGGCCCUCACGCGUAGUCGUCUUCCAUUCAAUGAUUUAUUAUUGGUAGUUGUGGAGUUCACGAGGCGCAAUCCGUCUCGUUUUGAUGCUCCUGAGCUUGUCAAUAUUUUGUUGCAGUGCGCAACUUUGGGUUUCAAUGACGUGGAAUUUUACUCGGCAACAGCAACACACAUACUGGAGAAGGCUGCAAAUGCCACUGUGCACGACCUUUGCAUGCUUAUGUAUGCAUUCACUUUCGUUCUAAAGGGUGUAAUUCGAGUUGUACAGCAGAUGAUGCCACGUCUGCGUGUCUCUGCAAGUCACGCAACCGCGCGCGACAUUGUAUUACUUCUGUACAGCUCGGUAAAGCUUGGCAUCACCCGUCAUGCUGAAGUGACAGUGCCCUUCUGCGACCGCGCUCUCAACAUACUACCAAGUUUCAAAGGCGAGGAGCUUGCAAGCUGCAUGGGCUCGUUGCGGGCCCUUAAGCUCGACCAUGAGGAAUUGCUUUCGGCCACCGCAGAAGUUCUUGGGAACGAGCUACAGAGGCGAGAAUCCUGUAAUGACACUGGUCGUAAGGAAACUGCUGUUAUUAAUGCUUCAGGUACGUCCAGUGCGGCAGGCGCCAUGCUCACCGAUGCUCAGUUCAUUUCCAUCACGAGUGCCAUCGUACAGCUGCGCCCAGCCCUUCUGCGACCUGAGUGGCACCCACCGCUUCAGGCCAUUUGUCUCCAUUCCCUUUCAGGUGCGGGUGCUGCGCAAACACAUCUCAUAGCGGGAACGCUUGCCGCACUUACCGAGGCACCGUGCAAGCAGGAGCACCGUGAACUUUUGCUUGAGCGUGCGAACGACGUGUGCGAGCGCUUUGCCAGUGGCAUCAUCGCCGCCGAGGUGGUGCUCGCGUUGCAUACGCUUAUGUUGCAGGAGGGCCUGAGUGACGAGGAGGUGAAGGAAAUAUUGUCACCAACUCCGCUCAUUGCGUUUGCGAAAUCUCAUCACAGCAGUAUUAUUUCUAAUACAGACACGAGGGACAAACUGCGCGGUAAGGGCCUGUUGCUUCUUCUUUCGGGCGUAGUCCCUUCUUCAAUUCAGGGUAGUGUUAUCACUGGCGGGCCGUUUCAAGAAUUGUCGCUACGGGAAUCGCUGCUGCUGCAGCGAAAGGAAACGCGACAAACAAAUGCUUCGAAGGAUGGCCCGUCAUCAAGGCGGAAGACACGUGGGGCGUUGAAGCCGACGACACUUAUAUCCUCCACAAAACCAAAGAGGGUAAAGGACUGCAUGACAGAUGAUGGUGAUGACAUUCGACGCCGGCGCCGUUCCUCUGCUGUGAGGGACGAAGAUUCCAAUGCGUUGUCGGGGGACAACGAUGAUGUUGCCUCGAGAAGAGGCACGGCGGAUGGUAGCAACAAAUGCUACGCCGGGGAACCGCAUAAGGACGUAGAGGAGUUCCACCUAUAA